AAAUACAUAAGAAGAGCUUGUCUUUCCCGUCGCCCCUACUCCCUUGAGCUGUUGACAACAUCGGCAGGUGCAUCCGUGGGCGAGGCCGCCGACGAUGUCGUCCCUCAACUCGCUCUUCAACCGCUCCACCUUCGGCACCAAAUGCAAAACAUGUCUGAAUCUUGUCAUUUCGAGGAUCAAGCUGCUGCGCAAUAGGAGGGAGUUGCAGCUGAUAAAUAUGCGAAAAGAGAUGGUUCAGUAUCUUCAGACUGGACAGGAAUCUAUCGCAAGGAUUCGAGUGGAGCACAUUAUACGGGAGCAAAAUAUAUUGGCUGCCUAUGAGAUUGUCGAGCUUUUCUGUGAAUUUGUUCUGGCACGUGUCCCUAUUGUCGAGGUCCAAAAGGAAUGUCCCUUGGAACUGCGAGAAGCAAUUUCUAGUAUAAUCUUUGCAUCAGGAAGAUGUUCAGACUUGCCUGAGCUAAUGCAUCUCCGUAAUUUGUUUACCACCAAGUAUGGUAAGGAGUUUGUUGCUGGUGCUAUGGAAUUGCGCCCUGACAGCGGUGUCAAUCGCACUAUAAUUGAGAAGCUCUCGGUGAAGGCUCCGUCAGGUGAAUCAAAGCUGAAAGUCCUGAAAGCCAUUGCCCAAGAGUACAAUGUUGAAUGGGAUUCAUCUAAUACUGAAGCAGAAUUCAACAAGAAAUAUGAAGAUCUACUGGAUGGCUCAGCAUCUUCAGUCCACCAGGUCCAGGCUCCUGUUAUUGAAAGCUCUCUGGUUGCUUCGGCCUCCAGAGAUAAGCCGCCAGUGUUGAUUUCACCUGUCGAGGAUGCAGGAAAACCCCAUGUUCACGGGUCCCCAAGUUCACCAGCUGGGAGUGCAAGAGCGUACGCUGCCACUAAGUCAAAUCCGUCAGCCCAGGAGCACCACUCCCCUGCCGAGGAGAUAUCUUGCAGCAGCCCAAGUUCGUCAGACGCCCUGGAAAAAGCUCGAGUGGCCAUUGCUUCUGCCACCCGUGCAUCUGCCGCGGCUCGUGCAGCAGCCGAACUUGCAAAGGUUAAAAUUACAAGUCAGUGAGCGUCUUCAGUUUCAGCAAAGGCGAGUCAGGGAAUGAAUCUUACACAGUUUACGAAUCUUGCAAUUCAUCAGGAUUGACUGAAUCAUAUCUCAUGGAAUAACUGUGUUACUGUAUAUCACCUUUGUGAGUGUGAGCACAACAAAUUAGAUAGUAUGGCUUUCUGUCACCGUCUUCCUUUGCAUAUACUGAAAGAAAAUGUUGUGGUUUCUGCUUAAGGGCUUGACUGGAAUGCAAGAAUGGCAUGUAUACUACUCAUUCGCAGGAUUGGGAAAAAUCAUGUGUUCUAAACGGGAUUUAUCAUGGAUUAUGCUGUUUCA